CCUGCCAGAGCCUCAAAGAAGAGGUGUCCGUCCCUAGCCUAGGCGGGAUGUCCCAGGAAGAAGGACGCAGGGUACAGGUAUCCCAGUCCUAUUUUCACUCUCCUAACCCAGAUCUGGACCUGACGGGCAAGUUGUAUAAGCGGGAGUUCAGUGGCAAGCCUUACUCUGUGCUGGUUGACAACAAGAUGGGGCUACCCACACAGCAUGUGACUCCUCAGCAGCAACAGCAGCAGCAGUACUACAGAGAGGGAAGAACAGGGCAGGAGGUGGGGGACACUGAUGAUGAUGAGGAAGAAGAGGGUGAGGAUGAGGAUGAUGAAGAGGAGGAGGGUUUUAAGCGUGAGCAGAUCAUCGUUGAGGUCAACUUAAACAAUCAAACACUUCAUGUGUCUAAGGGUGACAACAAGACUGGACCACCAGCUGAUAGCUCUGAGCGACCUGGAAGUGAUGAGGAGGAGGAGGAGGAAGAUGGGGAUGAAGAGGAUGACGAGGAUGACGAAAGUCAAGAGGAAGAUGAGGAUGAUGACGAUGAAGAGGAAGAAGAGGAGAUUGAAAGUCGGAGAACAAGAUCUAAGAGGGCCCGAAGGGGGACCAGCAGUACAGCGAUUCCCACAGGCAUGACCACCAGGGGGAGGCGGAAGCGCAUGGAGCCCCCCAAAAGGAAGCACAGGUCAACUAGAGCUUCUCCCUCCUCUGCUGGCUCCACCACAGCUGUAGGAGGGAAAGGAGAGGGAGAGGAGAAGGAGAUGCUUGCAUGCGAGAAGUGCCCUCGUGUGUUUAAUACACGCUGGUACUUAGAAAAACACAUGAAUGUGACACACAGACGCAUGCAGAUCUGUGACAAGUGUGGCAAAAAGUUUGUGCUGGAGAGUGAGCUGGCCUUACACCAGCAGACCGACUGUGAGAAGAACAUCCAGUGUGUCUCCUGCAACAAGUCUUUCAAAAAGCUGUGGUCACUGCAUGAGCACAUUAAGAUUGUGCACGGCUACGCCGAGAAGAAGUUCUCUUGUGAGAUCUGUGAAAAGAAGUUCUAUACCAUGGCUCACGUGCGUAAGCACAUGGUUGCUCACACCAAGGACAUGCCAUUUACCUGUGAGACAUGUGGGAAGUCAUUUAAACGCAGCAUGUCUUUAAAGGUCCACUCACUCCAGCACUCUGGAGAAAAGCCCUUCCGUUGUGAGAACUGUGACGAGCGAUUCCAAUACAAAUAUCAGCUGCGUUCCCACAUGAGCAUUCACAUUGGACACAAGCAGUUCAUGUGCCAGUGGUGUGGCAAAGACUUCAACAUGAAACAGUACUUCGAUGAACACAUGAAAACACACACAGGAGAGAAGCCGUUCAUUUGUGAGAUCUGUGGGAAGAGCUUCACCAGCCGGCCCAACAUGAAGCGCCACCGCCGGACCCACACAGGAGAGAAGCCCUAUCCCUGCGAGGUCUGCGGCCAGCGCUUCCGCUUCUCCAACAUGCUCAAGGCACACAAAGAGAAGUGCUUCCGGGUCACCAGCCCCGUGGUUCUGCAGACCAGUGGCCAGCCUGUGCCUCUCUGCAUCUUUGCCAACACCAUCUCUUCCUCUACCGGCCCUGGCCCCGGCUCCUCAGCAGCCACCCCAGCCACCUCCUCUCCCCAGCUCGGCCUAAGCCCAUCAGGGGGUCCUGUGCCCGUGGGACACACUUUCGCCCAUCUGCAGCUCCACUCAACGCCUUCUCACCAUCACCCUCACCCCCCCACAGCCCAGCAGCAUCUCCCCGUGCCCCCCGUCACGCACCUUCCCCCUCCCCCUGCCCUAUUCAAGAGUGAGCCUCUCAACCACUGUGGCCAUGAAGACAGCAGUUACCUGCACCACAUGCCCCCACCUGACAAGGGCCCUGGAACCUCUCAACACCACUGAACUGUGCCCCAGACCCUCCAGGCCCACCGCACCUCAACCCUCCUCUUCUCAUAACUGGUUCUGCCUCAGUCUCUUACCUGCAAGGCUUAUAAUGUAGGUUGGCUCCUCAAAAAUAGAACAGGACAAGUCAUGAU